AUAUGAUACAAUCCUCAAACACUUGGAUAACAAAGGGAGGGAGUGCUCCAGACGGGAUUGGUGGUGAGGAGCCACAAUAACUUCCCUGCCAACCAAACACUCCACCACUGCUUGCAGGAUGUGGGAAAUUCAGCACCAACUCCAACCCCUCUUCUUCACAACAAUUUAUUUUCACAAGUAACAACUCAAGCCUUCUUGGUGUUCUUCAUUUAUUUGUUUUUCCUUCAUUCGAUUUGAUUUUAAAGGGAAAAAAAGUAGAACCGUUUGUAUAGUUCGUGGCUUCAAUAACUGUACAGUUGUCUCCAGCCAUGGCAAUCCUGGUGAAUGCAAUGUCUCCAAUUACAAGCCCAUCUCCAGAAAAUGCGAGAAAGGUUUGUGGAUUCUUUUCCCAGGUUCCUAAUCUCCAUACCCUUUCACUGAACAAGGGUUUUUCUAGGGUUUUGGCAUCUACCCAGAUCACCAUUUCUCCUAAGGACAAUGUUUUCACACUCCCCAAUUGGAGGUCUGGAAAGAACGACCCAAGAACUAGAGACCUCAGGCUCAAUGAUGCUUUUUUGUAUUUGGAGUAUAUGAUAGGGAAGGGACACAAGCCCGAUGGAGGACAAGCUACUCAGCUCAUGUAUGAGCUCUGCAAAUCAAAUAAGAUGAGGAAAGCAACUAAGGUGAUGGAGUUGAUGAUCGGUUCAGGUACCACUCCAGAUCCUGCUUCUUGUACCUUCUUGGUGAAUAAUCUGUGUAAAAGAGGGAAUGUUGGGUAUGCAAUGCAAUUAGUUGAAAAAAUGGAGGAAUAUGGAUAUCCAACCAAUACUGUUACCUAUAAUUCUCUUGUUAGGGGGCUUUGUAUGCAUGGAAACUUGAGUCAGAGCUUGCAAAUUUUGGAUAAAUUUAUGAAGAAGGGGUUGGUUCCAAACGUGUUCACAUACUCAUUCUUGCUUGAAGCUGCGUAUAAGGAGAGAGGGGCUGAUGAAGCCAUAAGGCUCUUGGAUGAGAUAGUUGCUAAGGGUGGGAAGCCUAAUCUGGUUAGCUACAAUGUUUUGUUAACUGGAUUGUGCAAGGAAGGCAGAACAGAAGAGGCAAUGCAGUUCUUUAGGGAUUUGCCAUCUAAGGGGUUCAGUCCGAAUGUUGUGAGCUAUAAUAUUUUGUUAAGGAGUUUGUGCUACGAGGGGCGAUGGGAAAAGGCAAAGGAGCUUCUGGCUGAGAUGGAUGGCGGGGAACGUUCCCCAUCCAUAGUUACAUUCAACAUAUUGAUUGGUUCGCUUGCCCUUCAUGGACAAACUGAUCAGGCUCUUGAGGUUUUAGAUGAUAUGUCGAGGGCACGGUUCAAGGCCACUGCUGCAAGCUACAACCCAAUAAUUGCUCGUCUUUGCAAAGAGGGGAAGGUGGAUCUUGUGGUUAAGUGUCUUGACCAAAUGAUGUAUCGACGCUGUAAUCCUAAUGAGGGUACAUACAAUGCAAUUGCUGUGCUUUGUGAGGAGGGAAAGGUGCAAGAGGCAUUUUCUAUAAUUCAGAGCUUAGGUAAUAAACAAAAUUCCUCCACGCACGACUUCUACAAAGGUGUUAUCUCAAGCUUGUGUCGCAAAGGGAACACAUACCCAGCAUUUCAGCUUUUGUAUGAAAUGACAAAGUAUGGAUUUGUUCCAGACUCCUACACUUAUUCAUCUCUGAUCAGAGGUUUGUGUUCAGAAGGAAUGCUGGAUGAAGCCAUGGAGAUAUUCAGUAUAAUGGAAGAAAAUUACUGCAGGCCUGAUGUUGACAAUUUUAAUGCGCUAAUACUUGGGUUAUGCAAAUGUCGAAAAACAGAUUUGUCAUUGAUGGUUUUUGAGAUGAUGGUCAAGAAGGGCUAUAUGCCUAAUGAAACAACUUAUACCAUCAUCGUGGAAGGGAUUGCCCACCAAGAAGAAAUGGAGCUGGCAGCAGCUGUUCUAAAAGAGUUGUAUCUAAGACAAGCUGUGGGCAGAAGUACCUUAGAAAGGCUUGUUAUGCAAUAUGACCUUGAGGGAUUACCAAUUUAAGAAGUUCAAAAAAAAAUCCCUGAAUACAGAGAGGACCAAACAAGACCAUAGAUUGGUGUCCGAUGCAAAUUAGGUUCAACAGAUUGUGGGAUCAGGAGCAGUAAUGAAUCUUUGAUAUGUAUAUUGACAGAUGAAACAUUUGAUACGGUAUUUGAAGUUUUAGCAAGUUGGAAAGCGGCAAGUUCAACCAUGAAAUUGAUCGGUAUGCAGUAUCUUUUUCUUUUUUUUUUCCAGCUUCUAUCUGUGAUUUUCAAUUGGAACUUCUAAUCGUGUAAAGGAGUUGUAUCUGUCAAUCUUUCAUUUAAUCUAAUGGGGGAUUUAGCGACUUUUGAUCGGUCAAGUCCUUCCUUCCUCAAAUAUCAUUUUUGUAAGAAUCAGUUCCCUUUUACCUACCUCUUCUUAUUGUAUUAACUGCUUGUUGCCCA